AUGACCGACGCAGGACCCGAGAUAACCUUCGGCCAAAUCGACGUCGACCUAGACAUCCAAGAGAUCCUCCUCGCCUCCUCCCAACACGACCUCGCCAAACUCCGCCGUCUCGUCCGCACACAAUCCUCCCUCCCCGACGCCGCAAACGUCAAAGACCCAGAAACAGGCUUCACGCCCCUCCACUCCGCAAUCGCCGCCUGCGAACCCGACUCCGAAACCAACGGCGCACCAAUCGACCCUGAGACCCUCAAGUCCGGCAUCGACACCGUCAAGCUCCUGCUCCAAGAAGGCGCCAUCUGGAACGACCUAGACAACAAUGACGAAACACCCGGCUGUCUCGCACGACGCAUCGGCGCAACAGAGCUCUAUGAACUCAUCCUUGACGCAGGCGUGCGCGCAGAAAUGCUGCUAAACCUACUAGGCGGGUACGAAGAGCUCUCCGAAGACGAAGACGACGAAGAAGACGACGUGAAAGAAAGCGGCGCACAAGCCGAAGGCGAAGGCGAGGCCGCGCCCCAAUUAGUCGAAGUAUCCGCCGACCAAGCCGCGACGAUCCUCGCAACCGCCGAAGCCGAGACCCUCGAGGCCGCCGAGGCCAAUCCCGGCGUCACGAAUGCGCGAUACCUCGACUCGAGCCUGGAUAUCCAGCAGGACCGGAUUCUGGACUCGGAUAAGAACGGCGUGAUGAUGGAGUGGGAGAGUGAGAUUAUGAAGAAAUCUGCCGUGGCGCUGCUGCCGCGGCCUGGGUUGAAGGUUCUUAAUAUCGGGCACGGGAUGGGGAUUGUGGAUGGGUUUUUCCAGGAGCGGGAGCCUGCCGAGCACCAUAUUGUUGAGGCGCAUGCGGAUGUUGUUGCUGAGAUGAAGAAGCGUGGUUGGGACUCUAAGCCUGGUGUCACUAUUCACGAGGGAAGGUGGCAGGAUAUUCUGCCCGCACUUGUGGGUGAAGGUGUCACCUUUGAUGCGAUCUACUAUGAUACCUUUGCCGAGUCUUAUUCGGAUUUCCGUGAGUUCUUUACCGAGGAGGUUAUUGGGUUGCUUGAGCAGGAUGGGGGUAAGUGGGGGUUCUUUAAUGGGAUGGGGGCGGAUCGGCAGAUCUCUUAUGAUGUUUAUCAGAAGGUUUCUGAGAUGGAUUUGUUUGAGGCUGGGUUUGAUGUUGAUUGGGAGGAUAUUCCUGUCCCUAAGUUGGAUGAUGAGUGGAAGGGUGUGAAGCGAGCUUACUGGGUUGUGGACAACUACCGUCUGCCGCUGUGUCGAUUUAUGGAUUGA